AUGUCUGCCCAUUUGACGAAACUCAAGAAACUUGAGAAGUAUCAGCAUUGGAAUAUCCCUUACGCGUGGGCGUUGCAAAAUGUGCUGAAGCGUUUGGCACAAUCCUUUAGAGAAAUGAAAACACUCGGUAGAGGACACCCGAAAUUCAAGUCGUGUAAGAAACAUAAGGGUAUGACGUUUCGCGGCGAACAAGUCAAGUUAGAGUAUUUGCUACCGAAACAGAAAAAUGAACGAAAUUACCCAACGUAUCAAAUCCGUCUCAAUGGUCGUUGGUAUCGUUUUGCUUUACAUAGAAAUAUAGAAGGCAAAAUCAUUGAAGUUCACGUUACACGAGACGCUCUCGGAGACGUGUAUAUCACACUCACUGAAGAAUGUAAUGAAGUCAAACCCGAACCCAAGACGGGUCAAGCUGAAGGGUUCGAUAUGGGUAUCAAAGAUUUCCUGACUGGCUCUGACGGUGAACGAUAUACCUCUCCUAUGUUCUACGAACAGAACGCCAAGAAGUUAGCGAAAGCACAACAGGAACAUUCUCGCAAGGUCAAAGGGUCUAACAAUCAGGAACGCCAACGCAAGACCGUUGCCCGUCUCCACAAGAAAACUGCGAAUCAAAGAGCAGACCACCACUGGAAACUUGCAAUAGAGUUGUGCCAAAAGUUUGAUAUUCUGUUCUUUGAAGACCUGAACCUUCGCGGUAUGAAAGCACUCUUUGGCAAACAGGUUUCUGACCUCGCCUUCGGUGAGUUCAUGCAGAAAUUGAAACACCAAUCUCGCAAGCGUCUCCGUUCUGUGCUGAAAAUCAGCCGUUGGUCUCCGACGACAAAAUGCUGUUCUGUUUGUGGACAUAAAAAUGAAAACCUCACGCUAUCAGAUAGGGAAUGGCAGUGUCCGAAGUGCAAUACGCACAUGGACCGCGAUCAGAACGCUGCACUGAACAUUCUCAAGGAAGGGGUAGCUUCCUUUGGGUUAGGCGUUGUAAGACCGAUUGUUCUGUUUAACAGGAUUGUCGGCUGCUCCGUUGAAGCGUCCAGUCCGCUUCUGAAUUCCACAAAUGCUUCUGCUUAA